AUGCUGAUCAUUCUCUUGCUCAUAAUUGCACUCCUUCUUGUCAGCUGGGCUCUAGUGAGGCAACAACUUUACUGGAAAUACAAGAAUAUUGUCCAAGGAUUUCCAAAACCAGUUUUCGGUGACACCAUUGGUACAUAUUUACAACUUCAAUCUCUUACGGAUAUGGUCAAGAAUAUAUACUUUUCCUACCCAAAAAAUAGGUACGUGGGAUUUUACCAGAUGUCUAAACCCAUGCUCAUGAUUCGAGAUCCCGAACUCAUCAAACAAUUAGCAAUAAAAGAUUUUGAAUAUUUCUCAAAUCACAUCAACUACGUUCCCGGUGACAGUGAUUUAUUUUGGAGCAAUAAUCUGUUUGCAUUGAAAGGUUCCAAAUGGUCCCACAUGAGAAACAUUCUAACACCUGCAUUCACCAGCAUGAAGAUUCAAAACAUGUUCGAACUGAUAGAUAAACUAUCCACGCAAUUUAUAAACUUUUAUGAAAGGAAGAUUUCAGAAGAGCAAACUAUCGAAUUGAAAGACGCUUACACAAGGUACGCUAAUGACGUGUUAGCAAUAAGCGUGUUCGGAGUGAAAUGCGACUCAUUGGUACACCCGACCAACGAAUUCUAUAUGAUGAGCAAAGAUCUUACAAACAUUAUGAGCUUUUCGAGACUUUCCAAGAUAUUCCUACAUUUUCUUCUCCCGACAUUGGCUAAGGCGCUGAAAUUUAUAAUAAUUCCAGAAAAGGUCAGCGCAUUCUUCCUGCAAUUAAUUAGCGACAUUUUAAGGGUACGUAAACACGAAGGUAUCCUUCGUCACGACAUGCUUAAUACGCUGAUGAAGGCGCGAGAAAAAGAUGGCAUAUCAAUUUCCGAUAUUGAAAUCACCUCAAAUUUCUUGAUAUUCUUUUCGGCCGGUAUCGUAAACACAACCUCCCUGAUGUGUUUCGCCUCUUACGAGUUAGCCCUAAACCCGGAAAUCCAACAACGAGUCAAACAAGAGAUCGAAACAGUUCAUCAAAAAUUUGGUAAAUUAACAUAUGAAGCGGUUAUGGAACUCAAGUAUUUGGAUAUGGUUUUGAAAGAAACCAUCCGCAAGUGGCCACCAGGUUUCUUUUUAGACAGGCGUUGCGUUAAAGAGUACACCAUCGAGCCUCAAUUUCCAGACGAAGUAGCCGUACAUUUGAAGCCAGAUGACGUGAUAUGUUUUCCCGCAUCUGGACUUCAUUAUGAUCCCAAGUACUUUCCCAAUCCAACCAAAUUCGAUCCGGAAAGAUUUUCGGAUUCUAACAAAUACAGUAUUCAUCCAUACACUUAUUUGCCUUUCGGAGUUGGACCUCGCUCUUGCAUAGCUUAUCGUUUUGCAAUGAUGACGACCAAAAUUAUGUUUUUUAAACUAAUCAGUACGUUCGAGAUCGUGGUCAGUGAAAAAACGUGUGUUCCGUUAAAAAUUAGCAAAUUCGAUUUAAUGAUGACGUCAGCCGACGGUUUUUGGCUAGGUCUUAAACGAAGGUACGUAGGAUUUUACCAGAUGACUAAUCCGAUGCUCAUGAUUCGAGAUCCAGAACUCAUCAAGCAAUUAGCAAUAAAAGACUUCGAGCAUUUCUCAAAUCACAUCAACUACGUACCAGGAGACAACAAAGUCUCCACGCAAUUUGUCACUUUUUAUGAAAGGAAGAUUUCAGAAAAACAAUUCAUCAAAUUGAAAGGCGCUUACACAAAGUACGCUAUUGAUGUAUUGGCAAUAUGCGUCUUCGGAGUGAAGUGUGACUCAUUGGAUUACCCGACCAACGAAUUCUAUAUGAUGAUCAAAAAUGUUACAAAAAUUAGCUUCUCGGGAAUUUCCAAAAUGUUCCUCCAUUUUCUUCUGCCGACAUUAGCUAAGGCUGUGAAUUUCGAGAUAAUCCCAAAAAAGGUCAGCGCGUUUAUCUUACGUUUAGUUGGUGAUACUCUAAGAUUGAACGAGAAAAAGUUGGUUUAUAAAUUUCCGAUAUUGAAAUUACCUCGAAUUUCUUGGUAUUCUUUUCGGCCGGCAUCGCGAACACCACCCGUAAACCCGGACAUCCAAGAACGAGUCAGAAAAGAGAUCGAAGAGGUGCAUCGAAAAUUUGGUAAAUUCACAUAUGAGUCGGUUAUGGAACUCAAGUACUUUGAUAUGGUUUUGAAAGAAACCAUCCGCAAGUGGCCACCAGGUUUCCUCUUAGACAGGCAUUGCGUUAAAGAGUACACCAUUGAGCCUCAAUUUCCAGACGAAGUGGCAGUACAUUUGAAGCCAGGCGAUGUGAUAUGUUUUCCUGCAGCUGGACUCCAUAAUGUUCCCAAGUAUUUUCCCAAUCCAAGCAAAUUCAAUCCGGAACGAUUUUCGGAUUCUAACAAAUACAGUAUUCAUCCAUGCACUUAUUUGCCUUUCGGAAUUGGACCUCGUUCUUGUAUAGCUUAUCGUUUUGCCAUGAUGAUAGUCAAAAUUAUGUUCUUUAAACUACUCAAUAAAUUCGAAAUCGUAGUCAGUGAAAAAACAUCUGUUCCGUUAAAAAUCAGCAAAAAUAAUUUAUUGUUAACGUCAACUGAUGGCUUUUGGCUAGGUCUGAAACGAAGAAAAAUAUAAACAAAAUAGAUAUAUAUAUAAGAAAUUCAUCAU